AUGCCCGCUCUCAACGUCAACAGCCACGGCAUCCCCGCCGUCGAAACAUUCUACAUCUACCUCCAACAGCUUCUCGACCAUGCGGAAGCUGUGAAGCCGACUACAGAGAUCGAACCUGCGAUCAGCAAGUCCGAUCUAGAUGGUGUAUAUGAACAGAUAGAGAUCAUUCUCGACUUCCCACAGAACGACCCCAAGACGCGAAAAAACGCAAUCGUCGAGACAGCAACCCGCGAUGUGUUCGGUGGUCUUAUUGCCGCCAGGUCUAUUGACUCCCCGGGUUUCGUCCGCGUCUGGAAUUUGUUCGACAUACUCUCCAUUCUCGCCGAUGACGGCCACUGCGACCCGGCUCUGCUCUUCUGGCUAAUUGAGGAGCUCCUCGACAGUCAAACAAUCGCAGGAUGUCGCAAGGUGUUCGAUUACCUUGAGUCGAGGCGUGAGCGAAUAACGACGAAUAGUUUCAACAGCAAGAAGCUUGUCAUCUUGCGAAGCUGCAACGACCUCUUGAGACGGCUCUCCCGUGCCGAGGAUACACCAUUUUGUGGUCGCGUCUUUAUCUUCCUCUUUCAGGUGUUCCCCCUUGGCGAUAAGAGCUCGGUGAACCUUCGUGGAGAGUACCAUAUCGAGAAUGUGACUACGUACGAUGUGGACGCUGCGAAGGAGACCGAGGGCGGUGACAAGAUGGAUGUAGAUGGCGCCAUGGAUGGCUCGAAACCAGCCACCGACCCCAAAAAUAUCGAUUUUGAGGUGCUGUAUCCUGUUUUCUGGUCUCUACAAACAAGUUUCAGCCAGCCUAAGACGCUGUUUGAGCCAGCGCAAUUUGCGCAGUUCAAAUCCGGUCUCGAAGCAUCGCUAGCUGCCUUCCAGAAGAUCAAUAACGAACGCCGCCCACACAGCACACGGCAUACCGACGACGUCAGACGUGGGACGAAGCGCAAGAGAGACAAGGAGGACGAACUCGCCGACACAUACAACCCCAAGUAUCUCACCAGUCGGGACCUCUUUCAACUCGAGACAAGCGACCUGACGUUCCGCCGGCACUUUCUGCUCCAAGCACUAAUCAUUGUUGAAUUUCUCCUCUCGUUGUCGCCCAGCGCCAAGAAAAAGCUCGCCACGGCCAGUACGCCCAACAAGUCUGUCACCUACUCGGACCAUGUUCUGAGCGAGGAAGACACAGUUUGGGUGACGAAAAUGAAGCAUCACAUAACAGAGCACAUCAGGAACAGCGACGACGAUGGUGCAUACUUCUUCCGCAUGGUUGAUACGAUUCUAGCCAGGGAUAAGAACUGGGUGCGGUGGAAGGUAGAAUCAUGCCAGUCGAUAGAGCGUCCGGGCGUUUCGGCAGAGGAGUUUGUGAGUGCCAAAGACGGUGCACAGAAGGCAUUUGCCAGACAUCGGCGUCGUAACAACAUGUCCAUGGGCUCAUUCUCGCUGGACUUCUUGAACGAUGACGAGGAUGAAGCCGAUGCGCUCGAAAAGCUCAAACAGCCGAAACGUUUUGCCUUGCCGGAAAUCGAUCAGUCCAAGAUGUUGGCAGAGGAGCGGAAAGCCAGCAAGACCUGGCGAGCUCUGAGGAUUGCGCGGCAAUGCAAGCUUGCGGUAUUCGACAAGAUCGACGACGACAAGAACAUUUCGGUCGUGUACGCUGACGAUACUGAGGAAGAUGCGGGCGACGGGAUAGCUGGUGGCGAAGCUGCCAGCGCUGAGGGUGAGCCUGUCAACAAAGACAGCCUGCCGGAAGACACACGGCCAUUAGUCCUUGUGAGCCUGGCAGACGCGUCCGCAGAAAGCCUGAGCAAAUUGCUGCUGGAGCGAAACCCUGGCGUGUUUGGUGUCGUUCGUUUGUUUCGGGGUUGGGUCGGUUUUAUCAUGUACGGGACACAGAAGGCAUUGGUGGACGCGGUCAAAGAUACCGGCAAGGUGCCCACUGGUUUUGAUGCACUACGAAGUGUGGAAUCUCUGGAAGAGCAGCUCAAGGAAAGCGGCCAGAGCGAGUCUGAUGAGGGUGCAAAGACCAUAUUGGAGAAGUUGAGUGGUGGCAGUGAUGCCAGUGGGCUGUUCGACAAGGUGUUGACCGAUGAUGGCCCAGAGAGCACGGUGAAGGUGCUAGAAUCGUACAUCUAUGGGCUGGAAGAGGAGUUGCAGGAUAACGACGGAAAGGCGUCUAGUGACGAUGCAGCAGCCACAGCCGCAGCUGAGGUUGCAGAGACGGUGAACGGCGAGUCUACCGAGGGAAAAGAUGAAGACGCAACAAUGGUGGAUGCAGAUCAACCUCCAGCACCAGCUUCUGAGGAGAACGGAAGCAAAGAGGGGGCCAAGUAA